CGCAUGUGCCAGAAAGCUCACAUUGAGGACAAGCGAUUGCAUUACAAGAUAACAAUGGCGUCACAUACAUAGCGCAAGAUGUGGCCUUGACGGCCCGCACCAACUCCGACUUGCGGUUGCUCGCAGCUUUUGUCAACGCUUAGACACCAUCAAGCGCCUCGAUGGUUACGUGCGACUCUCUGAAAGUGUCGGGCCUGCUAUUGUCAUUGGUUAUUGCCGCAACCGCGACGUUCGAGCCAGUUUUGCAACAUGUCACGGUUGCGCGGGGCCAAGUUGGUAACGGGCGGGUCAUUCAGUCUUCAAGGCGACACAUGCUGCAGUCCACCGUGCAAGGCGUCAUCGAAGCGACUCUUAUUACAGCGGAACCGGUGGCAAAUGGCCAAAGUCGUCCAGCUUGUGCAAAUUUUUCACGGUCGACAGCGGCGCUUCCGCUCGCCACAGUUGGCGGUGGUACUGUCAUUGGGAGCGUGGCUGUGUCGUCGGGAGGCAGCUUCGCGCUGGACGGCUCCGCGCGACUGCGCGUGCAGCUCCAGCUGCUGUCCGGUGACACAACGGGCCUGUUUCUGGCAGCACCAUUACAACCCGAGGAUGCCAGCGAGCAGCAGAAGCACAAUGUGCGCAUAGCAGUUGCGAGGCGCGCGCCCACCGCCUGCGAUUCGGCUGAGUACGCGUAUGCUGGGGCCCUGGUGGAUGGUGCGCUGUACGGCGGUGGGGUAACACUCGAGGUGCCGCUCCCGACGUCGCUAUUUGCCUGCUCAGCGUCCGCCGGGGUCGCUGCUUUCCAGCGCUCCCUUUGGCUGAAAGUGGAGGUAGAUUUGGCAGAGCAGCCGAAUGGGGAAGCAUGGUACACUGCAAACGCCGGUGACGUGCGUGACAUUGCCAUACCCAGCAAGCGCUGUCCGUUCACCAGCGUCAAGGGAGAGUGCAACCCAGCCGGCUGCCAGGCACUGGAGGUUGCUGCCAAGGAGGCCGCUGCCGAAGCACAGGCGGAGGCGGAGGCGGAGGCAGCAGCUGCAGCGGCAGCCGCAGCCGCAGCUGCCCAAGCGGAGGCAGAGGCUGCUGCCAAAGCGCAAGCGGAGGUGGAAGCGGCUGCAAGAGCAAAAUCAGAGGCGGAAACUGCAGCUGCAGCGGCAGCCGCAGCCGCAGUGGCCCAGCAGGCAGAGGCAGCAGCAGCUGCAAAAGUUGUCGCCGAGGCAGCCACGGCCGCACAAACAGCUGCUGAAGCGGAAGCAAGGCUGAAGUCGCAGAUGGCAGCGGCAGAGGAAGCGGCAGCAGCGAGCGCACAGGCAGAGGCGCCUGCAGCAGCAACAGCGGCAGCUCCAGCUGCUGCUGGCUCGAUAGCAGGGGCAGGGGCCGCACAAGGCGUGGGGUCAGGCAUGGGUGCCUUGCCUUUAAGUCCUACCCCGGUACCUCAGGUGGUGGACGCCAACGGAGGUGCCGGGGGGUCAUCAUCACUUGCCACAGAGCAGGUCGUGCCGAACAGUGCGGGCGCCGGGGCGCACGCCGCCGCGUCAGGCACCGGUACUGCUAUUGGCAGUAGCAGUGGCGGCGGUGGCAGUGGCAGCAGUAGCCACAGCAGCAGCAGCAGCAGCAGCAGCAGCAGCAGCAGCAGCAGCAAUGGAGACACAGUGGUCAUCGGGGUCGCUGUGGGGGUGGCAGCAGGCACGGUGGUGCUGCUGGCGGUGCUGGCGCUGGCAAUCGUGGGCUUUUACCGUGGCAAGCGGCGGCGCAGCGAGCAAGGUGUCCUCAACCCAUCAAGCCCGGCUGCAACAGCGGGCCACCCUCAGCAGGCAGGCUGGUAUGGCGUGGGUAUGGGCACUGCGGUAGCGAUGCCGGCUGCCUGGGGUGGCGGUGGGGCGUGGCCGCAAGCUGGAGGUGACGGCAAAGGCGAUCUGGCUGGCGCCGCGGCGGGCGAUAUGCGCUCGUCCUCAUACACCGCAGAGGUGGUGCCCUCCUCGCCUGGUUCAUCCGCACGCGCCAGUAGUGUGUUGCUCAAAGUGCCGUCUGGGUGGACUGCCGAAGCCGCCACUGCCACUGCGGCCGGUGCCAGCCAGCUACUGCAUCGGCACGCACCGGCGGCCUCGGACAUGCCUGCAGCAUCCGGUGGGACAGAACCGCGAGCAGCCGGCACUCAGGCUGCAGCCGGGCCUGCUUCACGAGGUGGCAACGGUUUGGGUCGGCUGCGUCAGCAGCUUUGCCUCGGUGGCAGCGCGGGAGAAAGCCAUGCCGCUGGUGCUACCGAUGCCAGCGAUGGCUCCUUCACCAUACCGGAGUGGCAAACGCGGCCUACCGUGCUGCUGACCAUGGCGGAGGAAGGCGCAGACAGGGAUGUUGAGGGCGGUCAUGCGGCCAUCGGCUCUGCCGGAGCCGCGGCAAAUCGCAACGCAGGCGGCUGCCUGCCUCGAAUGCACCACCGGCGCGGCCCCAACAGCAGUGGGCCUGAGUGCCACGGCCCGGAGGUGACAGGCGUAGCGCCGCCGGCGCUGGGGCCGGCAGCGCCGACCAGUUCCGCAGCAGCGGGCGGAGUGGUAGGUUCGGAAGACGGCCUUGGGGCAACACCCUGGCCGCGCCGGGGGUCUGAAGCGGCGCCUGUUGUGUCAAUUGUACUUGAUGGGGCCGAGGCGGGGAGCGGUUAUGGUGCGCAGGGUGGCGGCUGGGAGUUGGAGCUCGGGUGGGAGGGGCCCCGACGGCGGUGGCAGUGGUGGCGCCGCCGCCACACCGCCGGCCCGGCUGGCCGCGACAACAGCGGUGGCAACGCGCUGGCAGUGGCUACAGGGCAGACCCGCGCCGCCGCCCCGGCCGGAUCCGGCCUGGUGAUGCAUGCAGGCAAUGCGACCAUCCACAUUGAACUGGCACCAUGAGUGCAGGAGUCAGGUGCCUGAUCCCCAAUGCACAUGUGGAAAGACUGCUUGCAAUAAAGCUGGUCUGAUGUCGAAUGCAGCGAUGGACCCACAGCUACGAAUGGAAGGCAUUGGUUUGUGUUGUCGUGUCUGUGGCGUGUGGCUACCGCCUGCCCCCCGGGGGUAGCUAUUCUGUCUGUACCACGUCGUGUCGUGGCUGGCGUGGGUGAGAGCGUCUGGUGACGAGUCAGUGGAGUGAGACGUGUCUAGGUGAGCCUCAUAUGGUCCUGCACGGGAGCCGCCAUCUCUCCACCCUGCAGAAGCGCUGUGCAGGUUCGGUCGUAGCAACAUGCUCGAAAUGUCGAAGUGCAUGGCUUGCGGCGCAUGGACAUAUGCAUAUGUUUGCACUCUUCUCCGCACAUGAGAUUGACGCACGUAUUAAGUAGAAUUUGGUGCUGGCAUUUGCAAGACAGAGUACGGCGGCCGACGGAUUAUUGCACGCAAUGCAUGUGACGUGUGAGCGCGUGAAUGCUUAACUUGCUGUGCAUGGCCCGCACGUGCAACACCUAAAGGGUAAUGACCCUUUCGUGCCUUGUAGGUCGUGCGCGGCAACUGCCACUAACUGCUCAACCCGCGGGCAUGCCUGCGAUACGGUAUGAGUACUGCCAAGGUUGAUUAUGUGUUACCUGGUUGACUCGUGGCUGUGAGUAUGACGGCUGUUUUUUUGGAAGUGUGUAGGGGAGCCGCUGCCGUGCCAACCCAGGUGUGGACCAGGGCGCUUGCCUUGAUGUAAUUCCGUAUACUGCCGCAUGUUAACAAUCAACGUUUGGAACACGUGAAGGUUGAGGUUUGGGCCAUUGGGGAGGUUCUCCCACAGCUGGGCCUGCCCCCAGGUCAUGUUUAUGACUUCAUGUGAGGUGUGCCCUGGAAUGGUUGUAUAUCUGAAUAAGGAGGCGGAUUGGUUGUUUGGGACGUUGUCGGUAGGGUGACGCACGACGUGGGCGUGUCGGGCGUGUCGAUGGGCUCUAGUCGGAGCAGGGGAACCGCCACGGAACCUGCCGGCCCCGGUUGCCCAGGUACCCAACACGGUUUGGGCAAUUGCUAUGUGACGGACCAUACGGGAUGGUUGUUGUUUAUUGCAUUUGCCAUGUAUCAAGCAUUAACGAAGGAGUUGGGCGCAGCAAUGUGGGCCAUCAUUAAGUCGUACGUCGACG